AUGGCUUCUACCAGUACUAUCCAGGACAAGGACAGCCAGAAAGACAAAGACAGAGAUAGCCCCUCAGCUUCGUCGAUAUUUCUUCCUCUGGGAAGGACCCGACGCCGGGACUCAAAGGCAUCGUUGUCUCACGAACUCGAUCAAGAUGCCCUCAAUCAAGCCCUCAACAACAUCCAUACCGCCGCCUCUCAGUCCAACAACCUGACCGUCUUCAAUGACUAUACCGACCCUCCUACCGCUGCAUCCCAAAGCGAGGGCAAAUCUUUGGCUAGUGAAAUACAGGGUGGCAUAUCUGGGUUGUACAACAAACUGAAGGCUACAGUCGGAGCAGCGAAAGAUGUGGAUGAGCAGUAUCAGGAGACACAGCCCGCCUUGUCCGUUAUCGAUGACCGAGCCAGUUCCACGUCCAAAAUCAGCUCCGGCUUGACAUCCAGGGCUCCCUCGCCUCGAGUGACGGCCUCGGAUCCGACACCACCUACCGAGCCUCCCUCUUCGAAGGUGUCGUCCAAGCCCACCAGUAUCUCCAGACCCUCGGUUCCGUCAACCCCAGCCCUACGUUCACCUACCGGCCCUCCACAGCCAUCGUCCCAUAUUGUCGAUCCCUCCGUGACAUCAGUCAAUAUACAUGCCAUCGGCUCCGCAAAUCAUUCAAGGACCGGGUCUACACUAGACGUGGAAUCCCCACAGCAACGAAGUCUUGCGGCCAGUGCUGACAGCGACAGUCUUCGGAAAGCUCUGCAAAAACCAUCGAAAGAGAGCUCCUUCUCUGACAGAGCAAGCAGUAGUCUCACUUCUCCCGUCCUGCACGCCCGAGGCACCUCAUCUUCGCAUGAGCGGGGAUUGUCUCAAACCUCUAUUAAGGGCCACUUUGGCAACACAGAUGGCUUAACCAGCCCGCCGAUCCUUGUGUCCCCUCAAGCUGAGAAACCAACGGCUCGUGUGGUGGUUCAUAGAGGGGAAACUGCCCAACACCCCCGACACAUAAACCCACUGGAUCUUUUGGCCGAGAAUGCAGCACCUUCGAAGGGCGCGAGCGCCUCCCAUGCGAGAUCUAUCGAACACCCGGGCCUCAAGUCGCCUGGCUUGAUAACGUUGGAGCCGAGGCCGGCCGACAAACUGGCCCCAAAGAUAAGUCAAUCACGCUUACCAGGCUUCUAUGUUUCCCGCACCACUUCAUCAGAUUCGUCAGUAUCUGCUGGUGUGCUACGUGCCAAUCUAGACCACAUGGACGAUGAUAGCCGUAUCCAGUUCGUAAGUCGAACUCAUCAAGCCAGGCCAAUUAGCAAAUUACGCAGUAAAUUGCUGAGCAAGGAGUUCUGGAUGCGCGACGAGAACGCCAAAGAUUGUUUUCAUUGUGGCGAACAGUUCACCACCUUCCGAAGGAAGCAUCACUGCCGCACCUGUGGUCAGAUCUUCGAUAAUAAAUGCACUGUCCUUAUCAGCGGAAGCCACUUUGGGUCAAACAGCCCUGUUCGAGUCUGCAAGCCUUGCCAAUCAAUUAUAAUGUCCCAUGAUGACGACGAUUCCUCGGAUUAUUCGAUUGAAGAUCUGGCACUCAACGACCCAGUCCCUCGACCACGAACUCCGGAACCGCCACCCCUCAACCGCGCUUUGGCCCGAUUUGAGGACGAUAACGCCUCUGUCACCUCUCAGUCCCUGGAGCAGAUGGCUCGCACUCCCACCAUGAACUUCCCCUUGCGACGGGCUUUCGACGGUGCCAACCGAAAUUCGGCGAUCCUGGAAUUCGACACAACAGAUCGGCCGCUGCCUCGACCUAGCUCCUCGAGGUCGCUGAAAGCGACUCAUUCCAUUGGCCACACGCACAAGAGACACCACUCAAAACACCAACACAUACGUAACUUCAAAGCGUAUCACGAAGACAGAGCUCCGUUCCAGCGGCGCACUGCCGAUGAGGGCAUCAAGGAAUACAAAUCUUCAGCUUUCCACCGAGACAGCAUCAUUGACCCCGAUCUCGCACAAUAUCUUUCCGAUGACCCUUCCACCGAUGAAGAACCGUCUAUCGGGGAAACUCUGAGUCAGGACAAAUUGUCCCGCAGCGGACAUGACAGCGACAGAAGUGCAAUUGGCGGCCUGCUGGCUGCGGUACGCAAAGGCCGCUCGCGGCUCGGAGAUCGAAGUAUCGCCGGCUUUCUCAAUCUGGGAAAAGAUUCCGAUGAGGCAAGUAUCACGUCUUCCCGCAAUGUUGACGCGCUCAGAGGUUCGCGAAAGCGUAAUCUGAGCGUCUCUAGUAGUAUCCACCGUGGAACGCCGAGGACCACCAGGGAAAGACUACAACUUAUCAUUCCGGGGAGCCAGGAUGAUGCUCAAGAUGCUUAUUUGGAGACGCCGAGCAUCUAUCAUGGGCGGUCGAGGAUGAUUCGAAGUGCGUCAAUGCACGGAAUGGCCGCGCCAGCCAUGGAGCUCAAUCGUGCAAGUAUUCAGCAUGUGCACAGGAUGCUUCAACAGUUUCUCAGAGAUGCCAAUGUACCCAGAGUCCAAAGUUGGGAGGACGCUCUUGUCCCUAUCCUGCUGAAAGCGACUGAUGAUGUUGACCCUGACGUUCAAGGAGGAGACGAUAUUGAUAUCCGCAACUAUGUUAAACUAAAGAAGAUCCCUGGCGGGCGGCCUGGAGACACUGCGUACAUCAGUGGUCUCGUCUUCACGAAGAACGUCGCUUUGAAGAGCAUGGCCCGCUCUCUCACUAAUCCCAGAAUCUUGAUCAUCACGUUCGCUAUCGAAUACUCCAGACACGAGCCGCAUUUUAUGAGCCUGGACCCCGUGAUCAGGCAAGAAAAGGAAUACCUUAACAACCUUGUUGGCCGCAUCGCUGCUCUCAAGCCUGACCUUUUAUUGGCUCAGCGAAACAUAUCCGGCCUUGCUCUUGAGCUGCUCGAGAAAGCGAACAUUACGACCAUCUUCAAUGUCAAAUCAUCGGUCCUGGAAGCCGUAUCGCGUUGCACACAAGCUCGUGUUGCGCAGUCCAUGGAUAAGUUGACCUCGUUGGCCGAUCCGUUUGGAAGCUGCGACUCCUUCGAAGUCAGGACUUUCGUUGCUGCCGGUCGAAAGAAGACGUAUGUCUAUCUGUCAGGAUGCCCGCCACAGCUUGGCUGCACAAUCGCUCUCAGGGGAGCGGAUGAAGAGACUUUGUCCAAGAUCAAACGGGUCACUGAGUUCAUGGUCUAUGUGGUCUACAACCUCAAACUUGAGACUUGUCUGAUGCGCGAUGAAUUUGCAUUGAUACCGAGCGCACCGAAUAUCGGUGCUGAGGAAACAACUGCUUCAUCAAUGAACAUGGUCACCAAAAUUGUGAAUAACCAAAACGAAGCAACCUCGCAAGACAGUGACACGGGUGCCGAAAAGACAGAUGCUCGCCUUCCUGACCAGGGAGAUGUCUCAAAUGCUGAAGUCAUCGCUCUGGAGAAAGAAGGACGCUUCAAUCAGUCAACCAGGACCGAUAGCACAGACUCGGUGCACAUACCCGAUGAUAUACCUGUCCCCACUUUCUAUGAAGACCUCGUACUCAAGCACGAGACUCGCAUUCUCUCUGCGUCACCCUUCGUGAGGUUUAUGCAGCCUUACCUUCUCAUGCGAGCGAGAGAAUUAGAGAGAAGGGUGGCGUAUUUGAAACGACUACGCGACCAGGAUCUGACGGUUGAGCAGACCUUGGAAGAGAAAGGCAAGAAUUCCAAGUUCACAUUGAUCCACCCCGAGAUGGUGCACCGGCCUCUCGCAGGAGCCAGCAGAAAAGUUCGAGAAAUCAUCCACGCUGUUCACGACGCCGAGUACGAGAAAGCCGCUUACAACUAUGAGAGCCAAAAGAAGCAGUGGGAGACAUAUCUUUCCGGCAACCGGAACCUCUUUGAUCCUUUUGCUCACCAAAAUAUCGUUGUUUUGUUCAGCCUGGUGUCCACAGCGACGUCUGUUCCCUGCUCCGGCCCGGAUCUACUGGCUUUCAGUUUUUACAACGAACAUGAAACAGAAGCCGAGUUUGAAGCCGACUGUACUCUCGGCCAAUACGUUGAAGACUUGUGCUACCGAGCCACGGAGAUAUGCCCAUCAGAUGCCUGCGAGAAGAAAAUGCAUGAACACCAUCGCCAGUAUGUCCACGGAGAAGCACAGAUCACAGUAUUCGUGCAGCCGUAUCCAGCCAAGAUGCGUGGUUUCCAGGAAGUCAUUCUUAUGUGGAGUCAGUGCAAGAUUUGUGGCGUGGAGACCACCGUCACUCCCAUGUCGACCAGCACGUGGAAGUAUUCCUUUGGGAAGUACUUGGAGCUUUCAUUCUGGAGCGCAGAUUUGCAUGCUCGCGCGGGGAUCUGUCCACACGACCUGCACAGGGACCAUCUCCGGUAUUUCGGCUAUAAGGACUUCGCCCUCCGUGUGCAUUAUGACCCGAUCGACCUCCUCGAGAUCAUCGUGCCCCGAAUGAGGCUCACGUGGAAGGUCGAUAAUGACUUGAAGUUCCGCAAUGAGAUCUUCAGUCGAACAGAGCAUCGCAUCACUAAGUUCAUGGUCUCUGUGAAGCUACGUCUCAAGAAUAUCAACAUCGAGGCGGUUGAACCUGAGAAAGCCGACGCAUGCCGUGAAGAGAUCGAAAGACUGACAAAGAAAGCCAACGAAGAGCACGCGGCUCUUAUCAAACAGCUGCAAGAACGAUAUACGAACUCAAGAUACUGGGAAACGAUACCGCUCAAUUCUGCCGUGCGCGCAACGCAAGAGAAGGUUACUGAAUGGGAUGAUGCUUUUGCAGACUUUGAGAGAAAUUACUUCCCGACAGAAAAGGACAUUCGAAGGCUUGCCACAUUACAGCUCAAGAAGAUUUUCCUCGACCGCGAUGUCUCCGUGUCUUCUUUGAAGUCCGACGAUGAAGGCACAACCACCCCUCCCAUUGAAGAGGUGAUUGAUGAAAAGGAUUCCCUGGCCGAGAAAUUGGCAAUCGAGAAGCCUAGCAGAUUGUCACCCGAAAAGACGCAAAGCUUCCUUCAAAGCGUGUUGGAAGAGCAUGCUACUUCACCGCCACGAGAAAGAGAAACCAGUGUCGCGACAGUGGCAGAGGUUACCAAGUCUGAUAUAGAAAAUCUUCCAUCCAUGCUCGAAGGACCUCGAAACAUUGAAGAUGUCAAGCACCUGGAUCUGGCGAUAGCGACGCCGCUCCAGCCAGCAACAGUGCCAGGAGAAGAUGUGCCUCUGCAAAGCACACUCAGUCCCAAACUAGGGCAGGCCUCGACGUCAGGUACAGAAAAAUCAGUGAUCGUUGAGCUGGACGCCGACAACGAAAAUCUGGAAGCUGCCGUUCCUGUUCCACCCACUCCUCCAGCCGGUCUACUCCAUCCUGGCUCUUAUGGUGCCGUCCGAAGUCCGACAUCGAGACGCACGCCAGACGCGAAGUCCACCUCGCCAUCUCUUUCUCGCGCCCAUUCUCAACCUGCCGGAGCUGUUACCUUGCGCUCGCACGCGGGUCAGGUAUCUUCAAACACUCUAUCGGCCGUCAAUGCUAUGAACGGGUUCUCCAGGCCAAGCCCAGUGAUGUCCGCGAAGAGUGGAGACUCGGAAGCCAAUAUUCCGGAGAAAAAGUUGUCUGAACGUCUCGGUUUCUCUCAGUUGAAGAACAAAACCUUCACCAAGGGUCAGUCCUUAAUACCGCGAGCCGUGUCACACCGCAAAGAUUCCCGAGUGUCAAACCUUGCAAAACAUUUUGAGCAGUUGAGCCGCGAGUUUGAGAGAGAGCGGAUCCGAGAAAGAAGGCUUCGCGCACAGAGGACCAUGCAGUCAAGGGUCUACCCUUUACCGGUUUCCAAGCCCAUCGUCGAAGUUUUCAAGGAUGUUGACGAGGCUGUGGACGAACGAGGUGACUCAGACGAUGUCUUCGGCUUAGAAGAAGAACGCCCCAGUGAUGAGUCAGGCAAAGCAGCAACUACAGCGGAGGGUAUGGCUGAUGUCGCUUCGCGUGAAGAGGGGUCUGGUGUCCUGGCUGAAGAACCCCCAGCCGAAGCCACGGAGAAUGAGACUGAUGUGCAGGCCUCAACAGCGGCGUCCGAAAUUGAGGAGAGCGACGUUGAUGAACCGGAAGAGGAGAUAUUUCUACCGGAUUCCCCCGAAGACCUGAUGCGCAUGUCACAGGAGGAUAUCGACCUUAAGGAGCUUCCGAAACAUGAGCGGACCUCGCUGAUGAAGAUGCUGACCAAUUUCUGGGCGGAGCGGUCUUCGAGUGGCUGGACGGCACUGGAUUACCCACUGGCAGCAUCUGAACACAUAUUCGCCGAUUGCGACAUCAUCGUGCGGGAAGACGAACCUAGCUCUAUCAUUGCAUUCGCGCUGGACUCGGAAGACUACAAGACCAUGCUCGACGGUAUGCAAAACGAGCCACCACAGGACGACGGCGUGGUCGACUUCAUUGGGCACGUCCAUGCUGAUCAAUCCGAAGUCAUGCACUCUCUUCUGCGAAAAACCGGGAGACACUUGAAAUACCAGUUCCAAGAAGGUCCGGCCAAAAUGCUCUGCAAGAUGUUCUUUGCUGAACAGUUCGAUGCCGUGCGCCGCAAAUGCGGUGUUGCUGACAGGUUUGUGGAGUCGCUCUCUCGCUGCCUCAAAUGGGAUUCCAAGGGCGGCAAGACCAAAUCGCUCUUCCUGAAGACGCUGGACGAUCGAUUCAUCCUCAAGUCGUUGUCGCCGAUCGAGACCCAGUCAUUUCUCAAAUUCGCGCCCAACUACUUCCAGAUAAUGUCCGAGGCCUUCUUCCAUGAACUGCCCUCUGUGAUUGCCAAGAUGUUUGGGUUUUACCAGAUCAUCGUGACCAACAAAAACACGGGUCUCGAGUACAACUGGUUUCUGCUCGUCAUGGAGAACCUCUUUUACGAUCGCGUCCCGACACGGAUUUUCGACCUCAAGGGAAGCAUGCGCAACCGUAAGAUGAACGCGACAGGCGAGCGCGGCGAAGUCCUCCUAGAUGAAAACAUGGUCGAGUUCAUCUAUGAAAGUCCCCUCUUCGCGCGGGAGCACUCCAAGAAACUUUUGCGAUCGUCGGUACAUAACGACACGCUUUUCCUGGCGAGGCAGAAUGUGAUGGAUUACAGCCUCAUGGUCGCCAUUGAUGACACCCGCAAGGAACUUGUGGUCGGCAUAAUCGACUGCAUACGUACGUACACGUGGGACAAGAAACUUGAAAGCUGGAUCAAAGAUCGCGGGUUGGUGCCGGUUCGGGGAGGGGGGGCGAAGGGACGGCCCACAGUGACAAGUCCAAGGGAAUAUAAAAAGCGCUUUCGCGAGGCGAUGGGACGAUAUGUUCUCGAGGCGCCAGAUUGUUGGCACUUAUUUCGCCGGGAGGGGAGGGAGAGGGAACGGAAUGCGAGGUUGCUCACAGAACGGAUGCCUGAGGGGGGACAGGAUGGCGAUGAAGUGCAGAUUCUGUCCUGA